UGGUGACAGCUGCGCGAGUCAGCGACUGGUGGUUCUAGCUCAUUCUUAAUGAAUUGGUGGGGUUCUCUAGGUCGCUUGACCGCAAAUCAAUGCCCAAAUGAACGGAUGUUAUUCGACAUCGAAAGCACCUCGCCCGUUGCGAGUCGUGAAGGCGGGACUUGCUCGGGAAGAGUCGUCCUGUCAGAGAUUGGACGAUCAAUCUACUUUUGUGCCCGUGCUCACAGCUCAUAAAGACUAUUGAAAAGACGUAUUUCUUUGCCGUCUCGUCCUCGCCUGGUGUUCGGUACCUGUACAUAUAAGCAGACGACGCUGACUACUAGUAGCUACACGAUGUCAUCAUGGACCAAAUCUCACCAGUAUGCACAGAUUGGAGAAGUUAAUGAAAAUGGCGAGAAUGUCCAAGAUAGAGAAUCACGGCUGAGGCAAUACUGGCAAAGGGGCAGAAUUCACCUCUUUUACGCGAUACUCGUCAUCUUGGUAGCUGGGCUUAGCAGACAUACUGCGUCUAGCAAGGCUGCACCAGGUUAUUACGGCGUUGAACCCGUCAGGUCAGAAAUGCGAUUAUCAACCAUAAGCAAAACCUUCGAGCUAGAUCUCAAGUAUGCCAUGCCACCGUCCCCACAAGUUGACGAUGCUUGGGCUUCGCUUCUUCCUAAGGAGGGCGGCUUUUUUCAACAUUCUAAGCUCGCGCCGCGAAAGAGCUGCAUAGCGGUGUUCCACCAGCUUCACUGUCUCGACAUGAUCCGCCAAGCUCUAUACGAAGCGCGGCCCGACAUCAUGGAGCAAGCCAACAAUGGGUCGCACCCUACAGACCACAAGGCGGGCCAUAGGACGGACCACGACGCUUCUCCCGAUCACAAUCACGUCAAAGAUAUGUAUCACAUCGGUCACUGCAUGGACCUCGUUCGCCAGUCCAUACUUUGCAGACCUGACUUGACUGUAGAGGUUGGCGACCCAGCGGUAGGCGGUGUCACGGGGUUCGGCACGGAGCAUCAGUGUGUGAAUUGGCAGGAACUGAUGGACUGGAUGAAGGACCAUGAAUGAGGCAACAGAUGCAUACUACGACGACAUGCCCUAGCCAUGAACGACCAAGACGGAGAAAAUUGUAAUACAAGCCUUCAGCGUGAGUCCUACUCGCUUUAUCGAAGAGCAACACAGCGUUAAGUUCCAAGCUCAGAGUUGUGCCAUGAUAACGAAAACGAACAACGCACCGAGUAAAGCACAGCACCAAUGCAAUUGGGGUUAAGAUGAGAUUGAUAUGUAGGGAAGUAAUGAAUUACCACCAUGCAGCAAUGGAAACCAGUGAGCAUUCCGACGGAGCUCAUGAUAAAUCAAGAAAGACUGCUACAAGAAUGGGUAAAGCUACCUGAUUCGGCAAUCA